AUGGAGAUAGACAGACAUGUGGACUUGGAGAUAGACAGACAUGUAGACUUGGAGGAGGACAGACAUGUGGACUUGGAGGACAGACAUGUCGACAUGGAGAUAGACAGACAUGUGGACUUGGAGAUAGACAGACAUGUAGACUUGGAGGAGGACAGACAUGUGGACUUGGAGGACAGACAUGUCGACAUGGAGAUAGACAGACAUGUGGACUUGGAGAUAGACAGACAUGUAGACUUGGAGGAGGACAGACAUGUGGACUUAGAGGACAGACAUGUCGACAUGGAGAUAGACAGACAUGUGGACUUGGAGAAAGACAGACAUGUGGACUUGGAGAUAGACAGACAUGUGGAUUUUGAGAUAGACAGACAUGUGGAUUUUGAGAUAGACAGACAUGUGGAUUUUGAGAUAGACAGACAUGUGGACUUGGAGAUAGACAGACAUGUGGACAAGUCGAAAUGGAGAUAG